GUGGUUACCAUAGUAACAUAAAGCCUCAACUUUAUUUCCGGCGCUGGUUUCGCGUUAGAAAUGAUUACUGGUAUUCACAACGCGAGAAGGAGAGAAGAUGUGUUUAUCCAGGAUUCAGAGUCUGAGACUGGCAGCAGUACUGGAGGACUGUUCACACCAGCUGGAAAUACUGGGACAUAUUCUCGCAAUGCGGAUACGCAGGGAAAGACCUGCACAGGAGAAAACCAAGCUCAGGAAGUUGACAGGAGAUUGCUGAUGUCCAAGCUACAUUUGGAGCUGGAGGAGAAAUGGUGUUUUAGCUCUCUGCUGCAGGCUGUGGAGGAAAUCGAGCAGAGGAGAAGGGAUACGAACAUGAAAAGGGAGGAAAUGAAACAAGUGGACAAGAGAAGACAGACUCUUCUGAAACAACAAGAGGAGCUCCAACAGAAAACUCUCAAACUGCAGGUCAUACACCAGGAAGCAAACAAGAAAGAUAAUUUAUUAAAGAUGAGAAGCAAAGAGAACACUAAGGAGAACGACACUGGGCUGCAGCUCAGGAAGAUCCAGAAUGAGACCAGUCAGGCUGAGGCACUGCUGGAAGGGCAGCUGGAGCUGCUGAAGAAACAGUUGAAGGAGGAGGUGAGAGUUCACGAGGAGUCUCAGAAAUUCCUGCUGAGCCAGCAUGAGGAGCUGCAGCAGCUGCUGCAUGGGCUGCAGCAGCACACAGAGCAGAUGGUGCAGAAGAAGAGCAAGCAGCUCCACAACGUGUGCUUCAAAAAGAACCUGAACUUAGACAGGCUGGAGGACAUGAAAAUGAAGUUCAAGGAGAUGGAGCAGAUGGUGAUGGAGGACAGGGAGGAGCAGGAGAAACUCCACCAACAGCAGGCACAGAUCAGAGCUGCCACCAAGCUGCAGGCCUGGUGGAGAGGCUGCAUCGUACGCCGAGGACUCUGCGGUUUUAAAAAAGCUGAGAAAGGCAAGAAAGGGAACAAGAAGGAAAGAAAGAAAAAGAAGAAAUGACUUUUUGCUAGUGCUGCCGAAUGUCAUUGACAUGAUGAUCUGAAUAAAAACAAACACUAAUGCA